AUGAUCCAAAAAAAAAAUUCAUCGGGUAUUGUUGAAAAUCAAUCUGUAGCGUCGGCAUCAAGCUCAUCAAGUAUUGAUAUCACUAAUAAUGAUGUAGCAUCAAACAUAAGUUCAGCUAGUACUGUACCUGAACCCAUUGUAAUACCUGAGCCAGCUGUUGAAUUAGAAUCAGUUGAACCGGUCCCAUAUAAUUCUGAAGAACCUUCUGUGGCGUUUGAGUGUGUUGUUGAUUCUCCUUCUAACAAUGUUUCAUUUGAAAGUGAUUUAAGUGCUGGUGAAAAUCACACAUGUAUAUAUUGUGAUCAAAAGACUAAAAGACACAAACUAAAAAGACUACCAUUGCAUGCGUCUGAUAAAAAUGAUUUUUUAAAGAAAUUGAAUGAAGGGGAGACUCUGCGGAAUUGA